UGUGAAUUGGUGGGUUCUGUCACAAUCUAUUCUGGCGUUCGCAGCUUCGUCCUAGUCGACAAACAGUUUUCCAAACCCUCACCUCUCGAGACCUACUUAAACAUCCUCACGGCUGGGAGUUUCCUACUACUCCUUGUCGGUAUACCGUAUUCUUUGCCAGGACCUUGCCAAGACUACUUACACACCAUGGGAGACGACACCCAAUCGGCGAAAUCGGAAUAUGGCGAGCCUCCUCGCGAUUCUCUCGAUAUACUCAACGAUGAUUGCUUGAGAAUGAUCAUCUCGGAAGUGUGGACGAUAUGGGGUACAGAAGGUCUCAUCUCUUUGUGUCUUACUUCCCGUCGAUACUACACGUUAACGGUUCGGAUAUGGUAUAGCGCCAUCACCAUUAACUUCCUAGAUACGAGGGAAAACCACAAACUUCGACGAUUGAUGAAUGCGACCCCACGUUUUCGUAAUAAGAUUAUAACUAUGUAUGUUGAGCCGCACCCCAACUGGAACCCUGCCGACGACAGCUCUAACACCACCGCCUUGGUGUCCCUACUCAAAAAAUUGCCCAAUUUGACAUUGAUCAUUUGGCGCGGAAAGAUGUCGAUACCCCCUGAAUGUCUCGAUGUGCUUGCAUCAUACCCCGAGCUCGAGUUUGUUAUAGAAGCCCUGCGCAAUGACAGUUAUAUAAAAUGGCCACAAGUUCAAGGGGGUCGGUGGGAUUUUCUUACACAUCCAGUCGCAUCCUUGUUGACCAUGUUUGAAUGGGUUCCCGAUGAUACAGAGCAAUUCUACGAAGGGUUCAAGAAAGAUUUGGUGACUAUGCUCAAGUCCAACAGCGUACUGUUGGUACUCGCGAUCAUGCCGCAGUGCCAUUGCAACAUUGAAUACCCUGAAAUGGCCCUGGAAUUUAGCACGCAUCAAUUUCCGAAACUACGAGUGCUCAAGUUGGAUACCAAUAUCAAGAUGUUCUCGAUUCAAGAAUUGGUUCUGUGGGGUAAGGACAAUACCUGGGAAGACAUGGACGAAUUAUUUAUCCCUUCGAAAUUCGUUCCUGUCUUUCUCGAAAACACACCCAGCUUGUGCUCAUUAUACAUUCUGACGUCGCUCGACCAAUACAUGAACGAGUGGUUGAGCACAUCAUAUGCUAAGCCCACUCUCGAGAAAUUGCAUACUCUGACUGCUUGCGACAAGUUAGUUUUCUUUAAUACCGACAUCUACAAGACGUUGAAUCUGGAUCUUCUAAGAUUGAUGCCAAAUCUCGACACCUGCAGGAUCAAGAGUCAUCGGGCCAAUCCCGAGCGAGGUACCAUACAUGGAGAAUCUGACAUCUACAGAUUAAGGCAGCUGUGCCCUAAGAUUUCCGAAUUCUACCUUACUAUCAACAUACAGGAUGGCUGGCCUUUCCGGAUCUUUCGUGAAGUCUCACUCUUCCAGGAUGUUUGGUUGAUUGAACUGCAUAUCAACCGUCUAACGACACCGAAAGAGUAUGAGAAACUAUUCAACUACAAAAGUUGUCGCAGUGCAUACAAAUACAUGGUUCUCAGUCGGAAAGCCAGCGGAUUGAAACCCUGUGGAAGCUUCAGAGUCGUAUUUGUGCCUGUGGAAAAUUAUCUAAUCAGAGGCCAAGAGCCUUUUGAUUUCCCCGAAUAUUGCUUUACGCUCGAAAAUGAAGAAAACGUUCAGUGCGAUAUCACCAAGAAUCACUGGAGUGUCACCACAGGGCAAGAGUCGUCCCGGAUUCCGACACCCCCCCAAGCCUAUAAUUCCCUCGAUGACGACGAGCUCAGGGCAGAAAUGAAUCGAAAGAAGCACAGACAAAAGCUUAACAAAUACAAGUCGAUCUUCAAUAGUCGCAAAACGUACGAGGCUGAGGAACAGGAGCUGCAGAAGAUGCAGAAGGAGAUAGAGUGGAGAGAGAGGAAGAAGGUGUUGUCAGCAAAAUUUGGCGAAUACACUACACUCUUUGAUGUGUGGUAUAACCAAGAUACCACAAAGGAAGAGCACUAGUAAUUAUUCUACGGAGGUCGCGGAUGGGGACUGGGACAAGAUCCUGUAUUGUGAGUGAGCCCGCCAUGAUCGUGCGUAGGGAUGGCGUGAAGGGAAUCUUUUCUGACAGUCCCACAGCAUCCACCAACAUGUUUGAUUCGAGAUACGAGAUUUCGAUAUUGAAAAUAAGGGUGAAUCUGCUGCAACUACUGAUGGGAUAUGCUCAUCAUCGGGCGGGCUUUUUGCUUGGUUCCGCACCCGCAAGUUGGGUGGUCUGCCCAUCACUGAUCGGUGUACCUGUACUUUUACCGAGUCCAUGCGACUCCAUGUCUUUGAGCGUUCACAAUACAACACUACCCACGGUGUGGUUUUAUGUAUAUGCGCGAAAACGUGGCUCCAACUGAAUGACUGCGCGUGCGAUAGUACAUUCCAUAUUCACAUAAAAGCGCGAAUUCAUCAUGAAAUAACAGUUUUAGAAUAGCCCAAUGACAGGAGGACAUAGAAAUAAACGACCUGUGAGAACUGAUGAGCCUGAUAGGCCGCGUUCAAGUUUUGUGCGCUUCCGCUACCACACCACCACUACCAUAACUACAACGAAAACAACAACAACAACAACAACAACAACAACAACAACACCUCCCAAUGACCAGAAAAUCAUUCGUAAGCCACAUAAGACAAGAACAAUGAGAAGAAAAAGAACAUAUAUUAAGAACUUGAGAUUUCUUAUGAAAAUAAUAAUAGCCCUACCACCUCCCUCAUCAGCCAGGCCAACCCGCAAAGC